AUGGCCACCUUCUCCUCCUCCUUGGCCCUCCUCACAACCCUCCUCCUCCUCCUCCUCCUCACCGGCCCGCUCGCCCGUGGCUCCCCCACCAUCGACAACGUAUGUCGUCAGACGCGCGACCCACCUCUCUGCACUCAGUUGAUCACUUCAGACCCGCGGAGCGAGACGGCCCCACUCCCGGACAUAGAGGCCUACACCAUCGACCUCGCGGCCUAUCGUGCGGGCAACACAAAGAUCGAUAUCCACAAUGCCUUCAUUCGGGCCACGGGGGACCUCCGGGACCGUUACCUCCAAUGCGAAAACCUAUACCUCGACUUGCUCGAUGCCUUCCGGGCGGGCCCGGGAGAGCUCAAGAACGGAGAGUUUGGACAGCUCGUUGCGCUCGGGGAGCAAGCCACGCAGGCGGCCGACGGGUGUGAGGCUGCCUUCAGCGGCAGCUCGCCGGUUAGGGAUGGGGAUUUGGUGGUUGGGGUUCUUGGCCAGGCCAUUAGUGUCAUUGCAAGGAAUCUUUAG